AUGCCGGUGCCGGCGGCUGCGGAUGGGUGUGGAUGUUGCCGGUGCCGGUACCGCUGUGAGAGUAUCGGUGCCGGCACCGGGGCAGGUGCGAGUGAUGUUGGGAGCGAGUCCCGGCGCCGGUGGGGUCCCGGUGCCAGUGGGGUCCCGGUCCCGGUGUGUGAGAGUGCCGGUGGCGGUGCCGGUGUCAGUGUGUGUAUGGGUGCCGGUGGCGGUGUCAGUGUGUGCGGGUGCCGGUGCCGCUGCCGGCGCCGGUGGCGGUGCCGGUGUCAGUGUGUGCGGGUGCCGGUGUCGGUGUGUGCCGGUGCCGGUGGUGGUGUCAGUGCGUGUGGGUGCCGGUGUCAGUGUGUGCGGGUGCCGGUGCCGGUCCUGCUGCCGGUGGCGGUGUGUGCCAGUGCCGGUGGUGGUGUCAGUGUGUGCGGGUGCCGGUGCCGGUGUCAGUGUGUGCGGGUGCCGGUGGCGGUGUCAGUGUGUGCGGGUGCCGGUGGCGGUGUCGGUGUGUGCCGGUGCCGGUGCCGGUCCUGCUGCCGGUGCUGGUGCCGGUGUCGGUGUGUGCCGGUGCCGGUCCUGCUGCCGGUGCCGGUGCCGGUGUCAGUGUCAGUGUGUGCGGGUGCCGGUGUCGGUGUCAGUGUGUGCGGGUGCCGGUGUCGGUGUGUGCCGGUGCCGGUGCCGGUCCUGCUGCCGGUGCCGGUGCCGGUGUCGGUGUCAGUGUGUGCGG